AUGGAGAGGUACUUUCGGUAUAAGGCAGCUGGUGACCAGUUCACUGGUCGAUGUGUGGCUGGACUACCACUGAACAGCGCUGACUUUGCUAUCCUGCUCCACAUUUUUCGGCUCAUUUUGGCGAGUUUGGUGUAUCACCGAAAUGUUUUGAUUGGGUCCUUGCCUCCUCACCAAGCCCUGCUCUCCACAUCGCUGUUUACGAACCCAGACCUGUUUGCCAGUCUUACUACCAUUGUGUUAUCGGACUCAACAUCAUUAUGCUUGCGUGCCAGCGGAAUCCCUCCUUAUGUUGAAUUGUACAGGAAAUUGGAAGAAAAAGAGGUGAUUUUGACAUCCAUGCCUGCCAAGAUUUUGGACGGUGUGCGGGGUAUUGCCGAGGACCAUGGUGUGGCAGCUGGCAACAUUGCACGAUUGGUUCUAGAGUCGUCUAUUGUCAGUGCCUUGUCGUCCAUCCAACAGUCAAAUGACACCAUGUCCCCCGCACAACAACUGCCAAUUGAUUCGCAGCCUCUGGGGUAUGAGCCAUUUCACUGGGGCGGCAAAUUCCACAAGCUACCCGAGAAUUUUGUGUUUCCUAGUGUCGAUGCUGCAACAGCAUGGAAAUUAUGGUGGCGUGGAAAUAUUCGCGAAAAAGUCAUGCCGUAUCGAAGGAUUGAUACCCAAGAUUUGGCCACCCGAGCUGCGAGAAACAUGUUUUACGAGUGGAAGUUUGUCCUCGAGAAACUAACGGACCAUUUUGUGUCAGUAUCAGGUCGGAACAUGGCCCUCAACCCCUCAGAGCAAGAGGUCUCCACGUCAUUCGACACGGCGCGCGGCCUUUUCGACCAACUCUGCGGUGAAACAUCAGCGAAACGUGUGCGAUGUGACGGGCAGCUCAAGAUGACGACGCUUGUCCGUCUUCUCCGCCAACUCGAGCCUUCCAAGACGCCUCGGGUCUUCAAGAAGCGCAAACGCUCGGAGCAGCGAGCAGGCAGCCAGUGGACGACCAUGCUCUGA